UGUUUCCGAGUCAGUCGAUGCCGCAACGGCGCAGUGGAAGGAACAGAGCGGGGGCGAUACAAGCACGACGAAUACGCGAGCGCGACGAGCGUGGUUGGAAAUUUUCGAAGGGCCGAACUUGCGAAAACACGGAUCGUCCUGGCGACGCGGUGCAAUACUAGUAGUAGUACGUAAAUUAAAGUUGUUGGACAUAAGUUUACUCUGUGCGCGCUCCGCACCCACAGUUUGUUGUUAAGUGCUAAGAGUUAUCAGUUUUAAAAUGAAUAGGGCAUUAAUACUAUCAGUCAUCUCCGUCUGCGUGCUGUUCGCAUCGCUGGCGUGCGCAAAGCCGUCAUCGAAGAAUCACGACCUGCUGCAGAAGAUCGGCUUCUCGCGGGUGCGCGCCCCCAACAGCCACCAUCGCAAGCGACUAGCUGUGGAAUCACGCCACCAUAGCCGCUCGGAUGAUUCGCACAUGUUUGUCAUCAAACUGCCGCCCAACCAGCACUACUACGUGCAUAACCGCCCCAAUCAUCUGGCAGAACCAGAUAAGAAGUUGCCCGUCGGUUUCAAGUCGAACGGAAAGCCCGGAAAGAUCUACCAUUGGAAUCCCGUGAUUAAGAAGAUUGUACAAGCAAAGAGUCGUCUCAAUGACGAUUCCAAUCAGAUCGACAUCAAAUACUACGCCAAUUGGAACGAAGUGCUCGAUAAACAGCAUAACGAAAAUAACGUGCUCGGUAACAUGGGUAUGGGCAUGAAUCUGAAGUCCGGUCAGGGUGGGAAGAUGGGCUACAAGAAACCAUCAUACUACGUACCCGCCACCGUCAAAAAGUCCUCCUUUCUGAAAUACUUUCCGGGCAACGGCAAACCGCAGUCUUUCUACGUCAUUGAGAAGAACAAGAAGAAACACCAUCACAAGCUGCUGAAUUAGUCCGGUUAUCAUCAUUAUUCAUGUGGACGACCGGUGUUCGAAAAUGUCAAGAAGAGCGUCUGUAUGACUUCUACCUAAUUUUAUUGUAUUGUAUUUAUAUAUGCUAACGCAUUGAGACUAUUGGUCCUGCAAAUGACCACCUGCAACAGUUUAUUACAUGGAAAGAAAGUAGUUUUAAUGCGUUAGCAUGUACGACCGCUAUUUCAGAGAGAACAUAAUGAUUGUUUACUAUUAAGUCGGUAAUAGAGAAAAGAAAAACCACUUGUUAUAUUCCUACUUACGUUGGAUUCAAAUUCGCUACAACCACACCUUAUAGCUUGUAAGGCCCGAAAUUUAUCGAUAUGGCGAUAUAUAAUUAAGUUCGUUUGUACAGGGUCCUUUUGUACUUUUCUAUGUUUACAAAACAAAACAAAAAAAUUCAGACGACGGAUGAAGAGAUGCAAUUAUGCCUCGAGUAAUAGAUAUAGUGAAUCAUAAACCUUCAUUACUCAUACAUAUUGUGUAAUAUAUGUAACUAUUAACGGAUGGAAA